AAUUAACCCUAUCUGACAAAACCAUGAAGGGUGAAGCAUUCCGAAAAUUUACUGAAGUUGCCUCAAUUACAAAUGCAGGACAAGUAUCGUUCAUCAACUGUAGUCUAACAAGUGAAAAACUGAAAGUAUUUAGGCAGGGAGCUGCUGACCGUGGCUUAAAAAUUAAUACUUUGUACAUAGCAGACAAGAUCAUGGAGCCAAACGCAUUUCAUGAAUUCGCUCAAGUUUCUUCAACUGUUGAAGCAGGCAAAGUGUGGUUUGAUGUCUGUAAUCUGACAAGUGAAAAACUGAAUGAAUUUGCACAAGGAGCAACUGAUAUUUCUUUGAAAAUUGAUUAUUUAACCCUAUCUGACAAUACCAUGAAGUGCGAAGCAUUCCACAAAUUUGCUGAAGUUGCCUCAAUUACAAAUGCAGAAAAAGUUUUGUUCACCAACUGUAGUUUAACAAGUGAAAAACUGAAAGUAUUUAGGCAGGGAGCUGCUGACUGUGGCUUAAAAAUCAAUACUUUGUACAUAGCAGACAAGAUCAUGGAGCCAAACGCAUUUCAUGAAUUUGCUCAAGUUUCUUCAACUGUUGAAGCAGGAUCAGUGCAGUUUGAUGUCUGUAAUCUAACAAGUGAAAAACUGAAUGAAUUUGCACAAGGAGCAACUGAUAUUUCUUUGAAAAUUGAUUAUUUAACCCUAUCUGACAAUACCAUGAAGUGCGAAGCAUUCCACAAAUUUGCUGAAGUUGCCUCAAUUACAAAUGCAGAAAAAGUUUUGUUCACCAACUGUAGUUUAACAAGUGAAAAACUGAAAGUAUUUAGGCAGGGAGCUGCUGACUGUGGCUUAAAAAUCAAUUUUUUGUACCUAGCAGACAAGAUCAUGGAGCCAAAAGCAUUUCAUGAAUUCGCUCAAGUUGCCUCGACUGUUGAAGCAGGAAAAGUGCAGUUUGAUGUUUGUAAUCUGACAAGUGAAAAACUGAAUGCAUUUGCACAAGGAGCAACUGAUUUUGGUUUGAAAUUCGAUACGUUAACCCUAUCUGACAAAACCAUGAAGGGUGAAGCAUUCCGCAAAUUUACUGAAGUUACCACAAUUACAAAUGCAGGACAAGUAUCGUUCAUCAACUGUAGUUUAACAAGUGAAAAACUGAAAGUAUUUAGGCAGGGAGCUGCUGACCGUGGCUUAAGAAUCAAUACUUUAUACCUAGCAGACAAGAUCAUGGAGCCAAAAGCAUUUCAUGAAUUCGCUCAAGUUGCCUCAACUGUUGAAGCAGGAAUAGUGCAGUUUGGUAUCUGUGAUCUGACAUGUGAAAAGCUGAAUGAAUUUGCACAAGGAGCAACUGAUUUUUCUUUGCAAAUCGAGAAAUUAACCCUAUAUGACAAAACCAUGAAGGGUGAAGCAUUCCGAAAAUUUACUGAAGUUGCCUCAAUUACAAAUGCAGGACAAGUAUCGUUCAUCAACUGUAGUCUAACAAGUGAAAAACUGAAAGUAUUUAGGCAGGGAGCUGCUGACCGUGGCUUAAAAAUCAAUACUUUAUACCUAGCAGACAAGAUCAUGAGGCCAAAAGCAUUUCAUGAAUUCGCUCAAGUUGCCUCAACCGUUGAAGCAGGGAAAGUAAAGUUUGGUGUCUGUAAUCUGACAUGUGAAAAGCUGAAUGAAUUUGCACAAGGAGCAACUGAUUUUGCUCUGAAAAUUGAUAAUUUAAUUGUAUCAGACAAGACCAUGGAGUGCGAAGCAUUCCACACAUUUGCUGAAGUUACCUCAAUUACAAAAACAGAAUAUGUUUUGUUUUUCAACUGUAGUCCAACAAGCGAAAAACUGAAUGCAUUUGAACAAGGAGCUGCUGAUCGUGGUUUGAAAAUCAAUUAUUUGGACCUUCAAGAUAAGACCAUGGAGUCCGACGCAUUCCACGAAUUUGCCCAAGUUGCCUCAGCCACUGAAGCAGCGACCGUGAGGAUUUGCAACUCUAGUCUGUCCAGUGACAAACUGAAUGCAUUUGCUGAGGGAGCUACAAAAUUUGGAUUAAAAAUCCGGACACUCAUUCUAGAAGAGGAAAAUCAGCCAUCUCAAAAUAUAGCAAGAAACCUCUUCCAGCUGUUUAGUAUUGUCGAAGGAAGACUAUUUCGUGACGGUUGGGAAAUUGACGAAUCAAGUAUUAGUGCAAUACAAUCGGAUGAGAUUCCGUUAAACAACGUAGUGAUGAUUCGCUCUAAAGAUGGUUUUUAGUCCAGACCUGUUUAGUCUUCACAAAUUCAACGCAUAACAAAAUCAAUCUCUGACUUCAGCAGACGAUCAAAUUGGGAAUAAAAGCAAUGUAAUGGAUGUCGUGACAAUCUUCUUUUUGAAGAAAAACUUAUAUUUUAAAUGUUAUGCAACAUACAAUAGAAAAACUGUUGAUAAUCAAAUUUAUAAUAAAUUUACAUCGUCAUA